ACUGCUCUGCCAUGACCACUGCGCGAUACCGGCCCACGUGGGACCUGGCCCUCGACCCGCUGGUGUCCUGCAAGCUGUGCCUCGGGGAGUACCCGCUGGAGCAGAUGACAACCUUGGCCCAGUGCCAGUGCAUCUUCUGUACUCUGUGCCUGAAACAGUAUGUCGAGCUCUUGAUCAAAGAAGGAUUAGAAACCGCCAUUAGCUGUCCGGACGCCACCUGCCCUAAACAGGGCCGCCUGCAGGACAAGGAGAUUGAGUGCAUGGUUGCGGCUGAAAUUAUGCAGAGAUAUAAAAAGCUGCAAUUUGAAAGAGAGGUGCUCUUGGACCCCUGUCGGACUUGGUGCCCGGCAUCCACCUGCCAGGCCGUGUGCCAGCUCCAGGAGAUGGGGCUGCAGACCCCCCAGCUGGUCCAGUGCAAAGCCUGCCACACGGAGUUCUGCUCGGCCUGCAAAGCCAGCUGGCACCCGGGCCAAGGCUGCCCGGAGACCAUGCCGAUCACCUUCCUCCCCGGGGAGACCAGUUCUGCUUUCAAACUGGAGGUGGACGACGCGCCCAUCAAACGCUGUCCCAAGUGCAAGGUCUACAUAGAGCGAGACGAAGGGUGUGCCCAGAUGAUGUGUAAGAACUGCAAGCAUGCCUUCUGCUGGUACUGCCUUGAGUCUCUAGACGAUGACUUCCUCCUGAUCCAUUACGAUAAAGGACCCUGCCGCGACAAGCUGGGCCACUCCAGGGCCUCUGUGAUCUGGCAUCGGACCCAGGUCGUGGGCAUUUUUGCUGGAUUUGGGCUCCUGCUCUUGGUGGCCUCCCCGUUCCUGCUCCUGGCCACUCCGUUUGUACUUUGCUGCAAGUGCAAGUGCAGUAAAGGUGACGACGACCCAUUACCCACCUAGAGGAAGGCAUGCUGCGGGAACAAGACCCCUGCCUCCGGGAAGCGUGGUCCUCCCCCUCCUCUCUUCGCCACCCCCCAUCACUAAACAUCUUUCUUGCCUUAUGCGCCCCAUCGAGCUUCACAGUGUCACGCAGGAUGCCGUGAUUUCAGGGACUGAUGUCAGAACAUUUGCCCAGACAACAGGUGGAGUCACCUAGGCAUGGGGAAGGCAGGCCUGGUGUGGGCAGUGCAUGUCCCCACACAGUCGGUCUCUGCAGACUCGACAAAGGAGGUGCUGUAAGAAGCAUGCCGGGCAGUUUUCUCCCUCUGGCGG